AUGGGAUACACCCCAAUUAUAUGUAGGCUAAUCAUUCGACACUUGCUACCUGUCUCCAGCUCCUGCCGUGCAACGGCGCUCGGUGGCCAGGUCUACCAGAGCAUCAAUCCGCUGAACGCCAACGUCACCGGACUUCGACUCCAAGAUGCUGGCGCCAUCACCUUUGACCGCAAUUCAGGAGUAGACCGCAUGAUGACCGGUUGUUUCGUGGACACCACGACCUUCUGCGUGGCGGCCAUCACCUCCGUCUCGGAGAAGGCUGGACGACUUAUUCCAUCAGACUUGUCUCAGUACGACCUCUUCAUGACAGGCACAGACUGCUGCGAGUGCCCUGGAGAAUUCCGCUGUGGAGAUUGGAACCAUCCUGGCGAACAUCUCGGUGGUUUGCGAGAAACAGACCCAAGGCCUGGGGCGGGUGUUUUUCACCGGCAGACAUGUCGGGUUAACACAACCACUUUAACACAAUUGUAG